AUGGACCACAGUUUUCCAGCCAAGAAUUCUCGCACUUCGCCACUGAAUGGGACUUCCUGUCACACAACUAGUAGUCCUCACUACCCCCGCUCAAAUGGCAUGGUAGAAUCAGCCGUCAAGACAGCAAAACGCAUACUGGCCAGAGCCAAAGAAAGUGGGCAAGACCCGUACCUUGCGAUUCUGGACUACAGGAAGACACCACAGCAAGGGACACAAGUGUCGCCAGCACAGGCGUUUCUGGGUCGGAGAACCCGUACUACUCUGCCCACAACACAAACACUCCUGAAACCUGUGUACAGUACUCCGCAAGCAGCAAAGCAAAACCAACAAGAGAAGAGCGCACGUCGUUACAACAGAGGAGCAAAGGGACUCUGUGACUUGAAGCCUGGACAAACUGCCCGUAUACAACCAACCAAAGAAGGACAGGACACGUGGAAGCAUGGGACAAUUCUAAGGAAGUGUGGACAUCGCUCCUACGAAAUCCGCACCGGUGGAAGCGUUAUCAGAAGGAACAGGGUACAACUACGUUUGACUCCUACCAGCGAUACAGCACUACAUACAGCUGUCGUCGGACCUACACCAAAAGCCCUUCUCCUUGCCAACACAGCUGGUACUGCAUCACGACAUACAGGUUCCGCAAGAAAAUGCAAAGGAUAA